AUGGAAAAUACUCUGUUCUCAAUAAAUCACCUCCUGUACGGAUGCGUUGAGGAAGCUAAGGAUUUUCAAAAAGAAGGAGGCAGCUCUGGAGGAAAAAGCAAGGAUAAAAAGAUGCGAACGUCAUUUAGCAAAGACCAGAUUGCGACUCUAGAAGAGCGUUUCUGUCUACAGAAGUACCUUACUUCAUCAGAACGUACUUCACUGGCAGAGCAGUUAAAUAUGAGCGAUGCACAAGUCAAAACGUGGUUUCAAAACAGAAGAACGAAGUGGAGGCGCCACGAGUCUGAGAUGAGGGAACAACAGCGAAAGGCCGUAGCUCGCAUACUUGAGUCACAACUUUCGCAUAAUCAGAUUUCAUGCCAACAAAGAUAA